CGGUCCAUUUUUUGCAUCUUACUAGCGAAUUAUUUCAAAAUUGCGUGGCUUUAGAAGAAAAUGCCAGAAGAAUUUUUUUUUUGAAAAUUGAAUUCGCUGGGAAAAAGUUCAAACAACUUUUUCUGUGGGCCGCCAAAUUUUCGAAAUAAGAACCGGAACAGAUAAAGCUGCCAAAAUUUCAUUACGAUUUUCAUCUGUAAUCACGUAAUGAGACUUGGAAAUGUUUUAUUCAUGUGCAUUUGUUUGAUCUUCUUUGCGUUGUCAUGUAAUUGAAGAGCACUAGACGCUUCAAAGCAAAAAUAAACACUGGAGUGGUGAGUAAUAGCUGUUACAAAGUGCGCUGUCUUUAUUUUUCUGUAAAUGGCUGUGCUCCCACCAUUUGGGAGAAAAAGAGUUGAAAUUCUGGGGGAAAAAUCAUUGCACGCCUACAAACGCCAUGAGAAAUCAUGAAUUUAAACAGUACAAUACUGUGACUCUCCAGGUUAACCAGCAACUGAAUUCGAUGGAGCCAAUUUAUGAGAACGUAAGACGCAGGGAGAGUGGAGUUCUCCGUCGAGGAUCAGAUACCAGUGUGGUUUUAACCGAAGACACAGACAGUUUCAUAAUUGGAGAUCGAGUAUGGGUUGGUGGAACAAAACCAGGAUCCAUCGCCUACAUCGGAGAAACACAAUUCGCUCCAGGAGACUGGGCUGGGGUUGUCCUUGAUGAGCCGAUCGGAAAAAAUGAUGGGUCUGUUGCGGGUUCUCGUUACUUCCAAUGUGCCCCGAAACAUGGAAUAUUCUCACGUCUCACAAGACUCACCAGAUAUCCACUCCAGGAGAGCCUGAUGUCACCACCUGAAUUGAAAACACCACCAGCAAACAAAUCACUUUCACCAUCUCUGAAUGUUUCGAUGACGAGUUUAUCUUCGACUACCUCGAAGGAUUUGAAGAUUGGGGAUCGAGUUGUUGUGUCGUCCAGCCAGGGGAGUAAGACUGGGGUUCUCAGGUACCUGGGGGUCACCGAUUUUGCUCCUGGGGAAUGGUGUGGAGUCGAGCUGGAUGAAGCCCUGGGGAAGAAUGAUGGAGCUGUUGGAGACAAAAGGUAUUUCGAGUGCAAGCCGAGAUACGGUUUGUUCGCCCCUUCGCACAAGGUCUCGAGGUCGCCCUCCCGCAAGAGAUCGUCCAUCGGUCUUGUCCACAAACCAACUGGUGCAUCCCUGAAUUCCUCACUGAGGAGGAGCGGUUCCAAGGAGUCCCUGACGUCUGUCUCCAGCUUGACGUCAACCUCGACCAGUGUCAGGGGCAUCACCACAGCUAGGAAAGCUAGAGCGUCCACACCUGGGCAGCGCUCGCUCCAGGAGAUGUUGAAAGAAAAACAACAAGAAAUCGAGAUGCUGAGGAAGGAGAGGGACCUCGAGAGGGAGAGGAUCAUCAAAGCUGCUACUCAGGCUGAUAAUGCCGAACAAUCGAUUAUCAAUUUGAAAGCCGAAUAUGAAAAGUACCGAGAGGAGAUGGAGAAAACAGUAAUUGAGGCUCAGAUCGCCCUGUCCCAGCUCCUGGAGGAGAAAAAUCAUCUCCAGUCUCAGCUGGAGGAGGAGAAGCACAAGUGCGAGGAUCUUUUAUUCCGUUUCGAGGAGGAAUCAGUGAAUAAAGAAGAUAUUCAGAAGGAAAAAGCUGUACAGAGCGUGGUAAAUACUCAGCACGAGGAGAGGAUAAUUACUCUCCAGAAGGAACUCUCGGAGGAACGAGAGAGGGUCAUCCAGCUCGAGAGCGAUAAUCUCCGUCUUUUUGAAACGGAAGAGGAACUCGUCAAACUCAAGGCUGAUUUCACUGCCAUAUCAGAAAUGGAGAAUAUGAACCUCUGCCUCAAGGAAGCGAAGAUUACGCUGGAAAAUCAGAUGCUCGAGAGGAAUAACACGAUUUCAGAGCUCUCAUCGCAGAUUGAGGAACUCCAGCAGAAGCUGAAGAAUCGCGAGGAAAUUGAAGAGACGCAUAUUGAAAAGCUCUCAGAAAAUUUAAGCAGAACCGUUGAGGAGAAAAAUUCCAUCAUUGCGAAGAUUUCGGAGGAAAAUGCUGGAAAGACUCAGGCCAUGGAGCUGGAGAUUGAGAAGCUGAAGGUAGUUAUUGAUAAUCUCACGAAGGAAAAAGUCUUGGCAUCGGAGUUCCAGCAGGGGGAAUUCAGAAAAAUCGUGGAGGAAAAGGAGAAACUGGAGGUGGAGAACUCCAGAAAAAUUGAGGAGAUCGAGAGAGUCCUCGGGGAGAGGGAGAGGCUGGUGGGAGAGAAAGAAAAAUUGGAGGUGGAGAAUUCCAGUAAAAUCAAGGAGUUCCAGGUAAUUGUGGAAGAAGAAAGAGAAAAUGCGCGAAAAAUUCAAGGGGAAAACUCGAUUUUGGAAGCGGAAGUGAGGAAUUUGAGGGAUGAGCUGGUGGAAAAAACGGGGAAAUUAAAUGAAAAUUCGAAGAAGAUUGAGGAAGAAAAUUUGGAGUUGCAAAAAUCACGAGAAAAUUUGGAGAAAGAGCUAGUAGAAUUGCGGGAAAAGUUUUCCGCAGUUUCAAAUGAUCGAGGGGAGAAAAUCGUUGAGUUGGACAGGGUUGGAAAAUUGUUGGAAAACCAAGGGGAGGAGAAUAAAAAAUUGACGGAAGAGGUGCAGGAAAGCGCCGGAAAAUUCGUGGCCUUUGAACAGCAAAUAAAUUCCUUGAAGUCUGAAUUAAUGGAGAAAAUGGAGGAAAUUAAAAAUAUGACCGAGACGAUGGCGGAGCUGAGGGAUAACGUCACGAUCUUCGAGCAGACCAAAACAAAUCUCGAGAGCGAGAUGAAAAUGCACGAGUCAACAAUCUCAGAGUUAAAUAAAAAGGUGAAAUUUACCGAGGAGAAAAAUCAAGAGUUGAUUGGGGAAAAGGAAAAACUGGAGGAGAAAAUUUCGAGGGUCAUCUCGAGCUCUGAAGGAUCCUCCGAGCAAUUGAAGCAGUACAAUGAGGAAUUGAGACUGAAGGAAAAGGAAAAUGGAAAAUUUAAGGAGAAAAUAUUUGACUUGGAAAAUUCAGUUGAAAAUUUCAUGGGGAAAUUAAAGAAGAGUGAGGAAGAUCUGGGGAAAAUUUCCGGGAAACUCGCGACAACUGAGGAAAACGAAAGAAAAUUAUCGGAAAAAUUGACCGAAAAGGAGAAGUUGUGCAAUAACUUGAGUGGAAAACUGAAGGAAAAUGAAGAAGAAUUUCGGAAACUCAUGGAAAAGCUUAAGCAAAGCGAGGAAAAUUCCACAAAACUCAAUGAAUCUCAGGAAAAUCUUCGGAAAAUCCAGGAAAAAUUGAGGGAGACCGAGGAGGGUUCUGGAAAACUCAACGAAAUGCUGGAGAAAAACCAGGAAAUUAUUCAGGAAAGGAUAGAGGAAAAUGAGAAAUUAAUUAAUGAAAUUAAUUCUAAAGACUCAAUAAUCGAAGAAUUGUCGAAGAAAAUUAAAACUUUCGAAGGAAAUUCUGCCAAAUUGACUGAAGAAAACGGUCAACUCAUCAAGACAAUCUCAGAUCUCGAGAGGAAAACCCAGACUUUGGAGGAAAAUUUGGAAAACUCUCACCAACUCUCAACCUCAAACAUCGAAUUAAAAAUUUCUGAAGAUAUUCUCAAAGCAAAAAUUGAAGAGCUCAACGAAAAAAUCAGGGAACUCAUUAUAAAAGUCGAGGAGAAAACCUCCGAGUCCACCAGUCUCUCCUCCACCUUGGAAAAUGCUUCGGAAAAUCAUAAAAAAUCUCAGGAGAAGAUCGAAGAGCUGAGCAACGAAAUAAUUUCCCUCACAUCGCAGCUCCAGUCAAUGAGGGAAAACUCUGAAAAACAAGAGGAGAUCCUGAGGAAAACCGAGAGUCAGGCCGAAGCCCUUAAACUUUUCCAGGAAAAUCACAAAAAUUCUCAGGGAAAAAUGGAUGAGCUGAACUCUGAAAUCUCUUCCUUAAAAUCCAAACUAGUCUCCUUCGAGGAGAUUUCAGAAAGGCUGAAGGAGUCAGAGGGAAAAUUGUCUGAAAAAAUCCAGGAGAAUUGCGAACUCUCGCAGAAAAUUUCCGAGGUCGACGAGAAGCUGAGGAAAAUUGAAAUUGAAAAUGAGGAGUUGAAAAAGUCGUCGAGUCUUAAGACUUCGAUGAUCGACGAACUGGUGAGCGUCGUGGAGACAUUGAAGUCCUCAGAGAGUGAAUCCCUCAAGAAUUUGGAGCUAGAAUUCUCCCAGAAGCUCAAUCAGAGUGCCGAGGAACUCCAGGCUCUGAAAAAAGCCCAUGAAAACUCAGAAAUCAGUCUAAAGACCAUUUCUGAUGAGAAUGAAAGACUUAGGAAAACAAUUGAGAACUCAGAGGCCCAUAUUAAAGACCAAGAGGCGAGGGAAAUCGAGAGGAACGACGAAAUGAAUUCCAAGAAUCAAAUACUCGAGAGGAAAAAUUCCGAAUUAAUUUCAAUGAGUGAAAAACUUGAGGAGAAAAACUCCGAACUCCUCAAACAAAAUCACAAGCUGGAGGAGAAGAACUCCGCCUUGAAUUCGAGGCUCUCGGAGAUGUUGGAGGAGACGAAGACCUUGAAAAUAUCUAAUAACAAUCUCGGGGCACUCGAUGAGAAAAUCCAGAGCAAUGGUGACACCAGGAGCAUGAAGAAAAUCCUGGAGGACAAUGAGACAUUCAAGGGACAGAUUGAUUUUCUCAAUUCAGUUAUCGUCGAUAUGCAGAAAAAGAAUGAAGGUCUCAAGCUGAAGAUCGAGGUCUUGGAGAUGGGGGUGCCUCCGGCUGAGGCUGACGACUACUCCAGGACGACUCUGGCCCAACCCGCCCCUAGGUUGUUCUGUGAUAUAUGUGAUCAGUUUGACCUCCACGAGACUGAGGAUUGCCCAAAACAGGCUCAGGACUUCGAGGUGGAGAAACCUGUGAAGAAGACGCCCGUCAAGGCACCCAAGCAGAGGGAUUACUGCGAACAUUGUGAAAUGUUUGGACAUGACACUGCUGAUUGCGACGACGCUGAGACCUUCUGAUCCUCAAAACUGCCGGAAUUAUCGAGCCUCGCUUGCCAGUAUUGGAGUAGGAAAUUCAAUUACGCUAGGAAUGAAGAAAUUCAUCUCGGAAUUUUAGCAAAUUUCAUAUCUAACAAAUGCAUCUUGAAUAUUACAUUCAUAAAUUAAUUCAUGUAAUUUCAAUUAACAGACAAUUCAGAGGAAUUUUCAAAUGCAAAUUUAAUCCGAAAUUCAAAGAAAAUUCGCAACAUAAAGAAUUAAUAGCAGCUUUUAGUGGAAGUUCUAAAGAAAAAUUCCAAAAACCUACGAAAAACAAAAAUGCGUUGAAUUUAUAAAGUAUAUUUUUAUAUUGUUAUUGUAUUCCACGAAUAAUGUCUUCCCAUUUAAUUUCCGUUAGCGUUUUUUCAAAAUUAAUUGAUCAAAUAAUUAUUCUCCUCAAAAGGAAGACCUCGCUUGCCUUUUUAUUGGAAAUUCUACAGGAUGAUGGCGUGUAAAUAGGGUUGAGAUCGAUCUAUUUAAUAUUUAUUAUCGAUUACGUGUACAUAAGACUUCUUGUCAUGUUCCUUGCACGCAGAGUUGUUGGAGAAUUUUGACACCAGAAUUUGCAGAAUUUAAGGCGCAAUAACGUUUUGUAGAAGUUUGUCAAUAAAUUAUGGUUUAUUUACGAGUUUAA